AUGGCCAAUCUUGGUAGGAACCUGGAAACUCUGUUGGACCAGGACAAAGAAGCAGGUAUGAGGAAAACAGAAGUACCUCCGCCUUGGAAAAGUAUUCCAGGACAUGGCCUUGAGUACAGCAAUCUCUCUUACAGUAUCUUGAAGAAACAGAAGAAAGAUGGUGUGUGGAUCACCAAAGAAGCUUAUCUUCUCAAUGAUAUUUCUGGUCAGGCUAUGAGAGGAGAAAUCAUGGCAAUCGUAGGUCCUAGUGGUGCAGGAAAAUCCACAUUUCUUGAUGCAUUGGCUGGUCGAAUUGCGCUUGGAAGUCUUGAAGGAUCUGUUAAAAUUAAUGGAAAACCAGUAACUACCAGCUACAUGAAGAUGGUUUCAUCUUAUGUAAUGCAAGAUGACCAGCUGUUCCCCAUGUUAACAGUUUAUGAAACCUUAAUGUUUGCGGCAGAGGUUAGACUUCCUUCUUCCAUGUCCAGGAGUGAAAAGAAGAAGAGAGUUCAUGAGCUCCUUGACCAACUGGGUUUGCAGAGUGCAGCACAUACAUAUAUCGGGGAUGAAGGAAGGAGAGGAGUUUCGGGAGGAGAAAGGCGAAGAGUGUCUAUAGGAAUUGACAUUAUCCACAAGCCAUCAUUGCUGUUCCUUGAUGAACCUACCUCAGGUCUUGACUCCACAAGCGCUUAUAGUGUAGUUGAAAAGAUUAAGGAAAUUGCCCGAAGUGGCAGCAUUGUUCUGAUGACAAUCCACCAACCUUCUUACAGAAUUCAAAUGCUAUUAGACCGAAUCACAGUUUUAGCCAGGGGUCGAUUGAUAUAUACAGGAAGCCCAGCUGCUCUUCCUACUUACCUAUCUGGAUUUGGGAGGCCAGUGCCUGAUGGUGAGAACAGCCUGGAGUAUCUUCUAGACGUGAUCAAAGAGUAUGAUGAUUCCACAGUCGGGCUAGAUCCCCUGCUGCUGUACCAAUGUAAUGGAAUCAAACCUGAUCAAGUGGCUAGAACUCCAGUUCCAAAGACACCAAGAACACCGAGGACUCCUUAUAUGAAGACACCCAGAUCCAGGCUGGCAAUUAGCCUUCGAAGCCAAGCAUUCUCAAUUGGAGACAGGACAUCUCGAGGAGACUCUAUCCAGUUUGGCUCUUAUGAACAGGAUGAUGAAGAUGAAUUUGAUAACUCAUUGGAACGCAAAAGCAAAAUUGCCCAGACACCCAUGAGCAUGCAGAGUGGUACAUAUAAUCCACGCUUAGCUUCUCAGUUCUAUAAAGACUUCCCCGUCUGGCUUUACCACGGUGUUGUUGGGACUCCUCGUCGUCCACCAUCAUGGACUCCUGCUAGAACUCCAGGAGUAACACCUGGGAAAACACCAGGAAGAAGCUUUUCUUCAGGUCAAUACACAACGCCACAGCUGAAUCUUCUUAGGCCUAAAACUCCUCUUGUUUCCAGUCCAUCAUCAGGCCCAUAUUCUCCUUCUGAGGAGUUUGAUGAGAUAGAUGAAGAGGUGCUUGAUGGACCAGACCACGGUCCUAAAUUUGCAAAUCCAUGGCUACGUGAGGUUGCAGUACUCUCAUGGCGCACAGGGCUUAAUGUGAUCCGAACUCCAGAGCUGUUCCUGUCACGUGAAAUUGUCCUGACAGUCAUGGCAUUGAUUCUUUCCUCGCUCUUCAAGGACCUAGAUGAUGAUACUUUUAAAGCCAUUAACAAGCUUCUCAACUUUUAUAUCUUUGCAGUCUGUCUCAUUUUCUUUUCCUCGAACGAUGCAGUUCCUACUUUUAUUCAAGAGAGGUUCAUCUUCAUUAGAGAAACUUCACACAAUGCUUACCGUGCUUCCUCUUAUGUCAUCUCCUCCCUCAUCGUUUACCUCCCGUUUUUUGCUAUCCAAGGUGUCACAUUUGCCGCCAUCACCAAAAUCCUACUUCACCUUAAAAGCAGCUUUUUCAACUUCUGGAUUAUCCUUUAUGCCUCGCUUAUCACCACCAAUGCUUAUGUGAUGCUUGUUAGUGCGCUGGUGCCAAGUUACAUCACAGGUUAUGCUGUUGUUAUUGCAACCACAGCUCUCUUCUUCUUGACUUGUGGCUUCUUCUUAAAGAGAAGUCAGAUACCUAUUUGGUGGAGAUGGCUCCACUACAUUUCUGCAAUAAAGUACCCAUUUGAUGCAUUAUUAACAAAUGAAUUCAAAGGGAAAAGGCAUUGCUAUACCGGAGCUGCACAGGAUCUUUCACCAGGUCCUCUAGGAGAUAUACAGAUCAGCAACCUGCACAAGUGUUUGACCUUAUCUCUUAAGCAGGCUACAUCGGAGUUUUGCCCCUCCACCAAGGCUCAUAAGCACAUUGCAGGCUCUUUGACAUGGAAGCUGAAGUGGUUUUCCGAGGAGAGUCUGUUCAAGUUUGUGGCACUGUUGAAGGCAAUCCAUGCUGGAACAACUGAGUCUCCUUUGCUUGUAAGAUAUGUAAAUUGA